GUGGGAGUUAGUAGCUUUGUUCAAUAAAGUACAUUGUGUCUACGAUAUUCGAUGGACAUCGCGUUGAUCGAUUACGUGGAAGAUGGCGUGGUGGUUACCGAUUUUUUCGCUGGUCUUGUCGCUCUUGGCGGCCGACCACGCCGUGUCUUCGGGAAAACUUCCUAGUUAUGUGUCGCCUUGCAAGAGAGAUUCCGACGAUCUAAACCAAUGCAUUGUCAACGUGUGGGAAGCACUCAGGCCCAAGAUGGGCGAAGGCAUUCCCAAACUCAAAAUACCUCCUUUAGGGCCCUUCUUGCUGCCGGAAACGAAUAUAGACAGGAGGUCGGAUUCUCUGGACGUGAAAGCCACUCUGACGCAGUUAGCAAUUAUGGGAGUGAACAACGUAGUAUUUUCCAAACUAAAUGUGAACCUGACGGAUUUGAAGGGAUCGGUGAGUCUAGCGUUUGCCGAUUUGAACGUGACCACAUUAUACGUUAUGGACGCUAUGCUCAUGAAAAUCAUACCCAUGAAAGGGCAAGGAAAAUUUAACGGCACCAUCAACGACAUUAAAGUGAACAUGACCGGAAAAGCGGAACUUAGUCCAAAAAACGAGCGUGGCCACAGUUACCUGAAACUCGUUGAAAUCAAAUUUAAAGGGUUCAUUGGCGACGCUAAAGGACGACUAGUGGACACAACUAAAAACCCAGAUAAUAGUAUUUUUGCUGAAACGGCCAACAUGUUUUACGAGAGCAACAGACGUGAAGUUCUCGACGUACUUACACCGUUUAUCGAAGAGUUUUGCGAAUCGCUCUUCUUGGGAGUAGCCAAUCAGAUACUGUCCACGCUACCGUUCGAAGAAAUGUUCAUCGAAGCAGCACCGAAAAAUCCGCCGCCGCUGCUUUAGAGACCAACAAAUAUUAUAUUAUUAUAAUAUUAUUCAAUGGCGUAUACAGGGGUUGAGUGUUGUAACCCUCCCACCCAAAUUGUUAAAAAAUAACAUUUUCAUUACUAAAUCAUUUCCGGAUAAAAUUUAUCAAAAAUUGAUUUUCAACCCCCUUCCCCCCAUCAAAAAAAAAGUUCUGGAUACGCCACUGAUAUUAUUGUUUAAUAAUAUUAUUAUUUUAUAGUUUUAAUUACCUACUGCAUAGGCACAUUCUGUUGUAAUUUUUUUUGUUGUCUUUCACGGCGCGCGAAGUUUGCGUCGUCGAUUAAAAUGAAAACAAACGAACAAACACAAUAUAUAAAUAUUAUAUUAUAUUAUACACAUUUCAACGGUUUA